CCAAGCAAGGAGGUGACCCAACACACUCACCUCACUCCAUGUCAGCUCCUGCCGCCGAGCAUCCCCUUCCUUCACUCUUCCCCCUCCCAGCUCCACCAUCCAUCCAUGCCUCUCAAACAGGCCGCGGUUCCGGUCGACGGCACGCCAUGGCAUUCCUUCCUCCUCCCCGAGAAUAUAUAAACACGGGAGAGUGACGAGAGGACGGGUGUCGCUGUCCGUGCACGCGCGCUCGCCGCGAAAGCGAUCGAGUAGCUUGGUCGCCGCGCCGUACGCCGUCGUCUCCGGCGCCGACCAUGGACCGGCGGCGGGGCGCCGCCGCGCGGGAGUUCGAGGACUUCGAUCCCGUCGUGGAGUGGAAGCUGGCCGGCGAGGUGGACGUGGUGGAGAUCUCGCUCCCGGGGUUCCGCAAGGACCAGGUGAGGGUGCAGGUGGACAACCACGGCGUGCUCCGCGCCACCGGCGAGCGGCCGGCGAGGGGGGGUCGGUGGGCAAGGUUCAAGAAGGACCUCCGCCUCCCCGACAACUGCGACGCCGACGCCGUCCGCGCCAGGUUCGAGGGCGAGAAGCUCAUCAUCACGCUCCCCAUCGCCGUCCCGGCGGACGGGACGCCGUCGUCGCCCGGGACGCCGCCGUCGCCGACCCCAUCGCCGCCACCGGGACCGCCUCGCUGGCCUCCUUCAUCCUACUCUAGGCCGCCGCCGCCGCCGCCGAAACCGCGUACGUCACCGCCGCUCCCACCGCCACCUCGUCGUCCUCCAGGCUAUUCCGAGUCGACGCAGCCGCUGGCACCACCUCGUGCUCCUGCUUAUUCUUCGGAACGGCCGCCGCCACAACCUCCAUCACCACCGCCGCCGCCGCCACCACCUAGAACUUAUUUUCAGCCACCACGUCGGCCUCCAUCGCCGCCUCGUGCUCCAUCUGAGCCGCCGCCGCCGCCGCCGCCGCCACCACCUAGAACUUAUUUUCAGCCGCCACGUCGUCCUCCAUCGCCACCUCGUGCUCCAACUGAGCUGCCGCCGCCGCGUCGGCCUCCAUCGCCGCCGCCAGCACCAUCGCCACCUCCUACAAAAUACGACCGUCCAAGACCACCUCGGCCGCCUCCUGGUCCAAGUUAUCCCAACCCUCCACCCCUACGCCCGCCGCCGCCGCCGCCGCCGCCACCUAGAACUUAUUUUCAGCCACCACGUCGGCCUCCAUCGCCGCCUCGUGCUCCAUCUGAGCCGCCGCCGCCGCCGCCGCCGCCACCACCUAGAACUUAUUUUCAGCCGCCACGUCGUCCUUCAUCGCCACCUCGUGCUCCAACUGAGCUGCCGCCGCCGCGUCGGCCUCCAUCGCCGCCGCCGCCUCGUGUUCCUGCUCGCACUGAGCUGCCGGCGGCGCAGGCUCCACGUCCAUCGCCACCGCUGGCACCACCUCGCCCUCCUAUUUAUCCAGAGCCACCGCGACGCCCGCCACCGCCGCCACCCGAACCCCCUCGCGCUCCUGUUUAUUCAGACCUGCCACCGCCGCCGUCGCGUCCGCCGCCACCGCCUCCACGAUCAGCUCCGGCGAAGCCCACCAUUCACGAUCAGACAAAACCCACCACCGCAGAGCCGAAGCCGUCGCCGCCGUCGCCGCCGCCGCCGCCGCCGCCGCCACAUGGGACGCCGGGUGCCGUUCCCGGGCCAAUAAUGCCAGGGAGGGCAAUCUCCGUGUCACCCCCUUCUCCGGCACCUCUGCCUCCUCAUCCCGCAGAGGAAGCGCCGGAGAAGCAACUGCAAGGCGACACUUCUCCGGCGGCGCUGGCUCCUCGUCACGGAGAGGCAGCGCCGAGGAAGCCACUGCAAGAUGCCAAGGUACCAGAGGAAGACGGCAGGGUCAGUAGGGCGCUACCGGAGACGAAGAAGAAGAGCAAGAAAAGGACGGGUGGAGAAGUGAGAGGUAAGGUGGAGGAAGCCAGAACGGCGCCGGGGAAGAACCAAGCUCAGGCGGCGAUGACGACGACGGUGCCGCCGCCGGAGCCUGCAAGGCAGCUGCUGGUGAACACUGUUGCGGCGGCGGUCGUGCUCGUGGGGAUCGUCUGGUCGGUGUGGCGCAACCUCAGCAGUUAAGCUACAUGUAACUUGCGAAGGGCUGCUUGUAAUUAUUAUGUGUUGUUCUGAACUUGCAAUUGCGCACCACUGGAUCAGUGUGCAUGUACUAGCUCGCAACGAAAAACAGAGGAUCACUGUAUAAACAUGUAGAUGCAGCUCCCAACGAAGAACAGUGCCUUGAAGCAAAAUAUGUUGUAUGAAAUCGAAAACAGAGUGACUUGUGGGCACGUGAAAUAUCAAGUUCCAAUCCUUUGUGCCU